UAGGCAGAGAGAGGGCUGGAGUAUUCAUACACACACACAUACGCACACACACUGCUAGAGCACAGCAGAGAAGAGUGUAGGAGAGAGCAGAUGGAAUCUAGCUGCAUGCCUGCUGGACUGAGCUGGACUGAGACACACGCUUACUCACAACAAAGGCCACGACUGUCUGGGUGAUGUUGUCUCUAGACUCACUGGUGUGCUCCACUGAAUACAGACUGUGAAGAAGCUGAAAAGGCUGUGUGUUUGGAACAGAGCCAAUGACCAGGAGGCUAAACUGAAGGAGAAUAAGGCCACAGAGAAUUUAUUAAAAUGGGGGCCAGUUUCCCGGAGCCUCUCUCUGAAUUAUGGUGGCUCAUACUGCAGCCAUGCCGGACGUGAAGGCCCCUCCACCAUGUGACUACCCCUCAGCGGGCUGCUCCCCCGGCCAAGGCCACGGCCUCGCGGGCUACACCUGCACCACUGGCCUCACCAUGGAUCUGGAGCCCUGCCUCAGCCUCACUGACUUCCCCCUGCCCCAACCCCUCUCUGGCUUCAGAGGCCACAGCGUACCCCCCUACCCGCCCUUCCCUGGCCAGUGCCCCUUCAUACCACGGUCUAACAGCAGUGCAUUACUCACUAACCUGGGGCUCCGGUACUGCUCCACCAACAGUGUGCAGCACCCACCCAGGGGUCCUGACUCUGGGAUGGAGUUAGGGUCAGGGUCAGGCCUGGGGCUGGACCCAGGGCCCUGUUGGAACAUGAACCAAGGCUGUGGAACUAGACUCUACCGCAGCAUGGAGAACUUGAACUGGAGUAAUUCUGUGUCUGAACCAGGCCUCUACUGUUCCCCUUAUUGUGCCCCCUACAGGGGCAGUGUGGACAGUGGGUUCAUCUUCCGCUGCACUGCCACCAGCCACUGGUACGAUGGGCCCUCGGAGGGGACAGGGCCCCAGGGCUACGGUCCUGAGAGCCUGGCGUUCUACCCCCACCCCCGCCUGGGGAGAGGUCUGGGGGGGUUGGGGAGGAAGGAGCUGCCCCUCUUCCCCCAGUGGCUGUUCCCCGGCGCAGAUGACUGGGGGGUGAACACUACCACCAAUGGCAGGAAAGGGCUAAGGGAGAAGCUCCGCCUUCAAAGCGCCAGAUCGGCAGCAGAACCCCUGAAGCCUCUUCGACCUCAGGUAACCCCAGGCAGUACCACUCCCAUCCUGAGGGGGUGCUCAGAGAGGGACUCAUCCCCCCACCAGAGGUACGUUGGGAGACCCCUGUAUGUCCGGCACCUCACCAGCCCUGAGGAAAUCAAGCAGGAGGUUCUGAGACGCCUUCAGCUCCGCCGGCAGAACAGCACCCCAAACCUGGCCCUCCAUGCCUCCCUGGAGACCCCUCAAACCCCAGACAUGGCCAUGUCCUUCACCACCGAGUCCAUCUCUGUCACUGGAAGUAGUGCUGAGCUCAUAGCCGAGCGUAAGAGGCCCCCUAUGGGCCGCCUGCACAUCCCUACCUUCAAGGAGUUUAAGAGGAUGAGACAGAGAGACGGAGAGAGUGGACAGACAGAGAGCAGGAGUAAUGCUACUACAGUAACAACUAUAGACCAACCGCCAGAGACUGGUACAGGCAGCCAGAGCCCAGGGACAGGCAGCCAGAGCCCAGGGACAGGCAGCCAGAGCCCAGGGACAGGCAGCCAGAGCCCAGGGACAGGCAGCCAGAGCCCAGGGACAGGCAGCCAGAGCCCAGGGACAGGCAGCCAGAGCCCAGGGACAGGCAGCCAGAGCCCAGGGACAGGCAGCCAGAGCCCAGGGACAGGCAGAGACUGUAAAACUCAGACAGCCCCAUUGGGACGGCGAGACUCUCAGGCCUCUGAGGAGGAGGAGAGGGAGAGCGAGGAGAGGAGAGGCAGUGAAGAGAGGGAGGAGAGGGGGAGCGGGGAGAGGAGAGGCAGUGGACAGAGAAAGGAGAGGGGGAUCGGGGAGAGGAGAGGCAGUGGAGAGAGGGAGGUGAGGGGGAGCGGGGAGAGGAGAGGCAGUGGAGAGAGGAAGGAGAGGGGGAGCUGGGAGAGGAGAGGCAGUGGAGAGAGGGAGGAGAGGGGGAGCGGGGAGAGGAGAGGCAGUGGAGAGAGGGAGGAGAGCGGGAGUGAGGAGAGGAGGGGCAGUGAAGAAAGGGAGGAGAGGGGGAGUGGGGAGAGGAGAGGCAGUGGAGAGACUCCCACAGCCAGCACUUUGCACUCAUCCUCUCCCAUCUUCACUGGCCCUAUUCCCCAGCUAAAAGCCAACAUUCAGACCACAGUCUCUAACAAAGCUAUAUGCACAGGCCCUACUCCCCGCUCUCCCCUCCAGCCCUCCAGUAAGACCCAGGGGAAGGGGACCAUGUAUCAUACCCAGGCCCAGGACAGAAGGCCUAAUGUGGGGCUCAGUGUGCCUCGGGCCUCCCAGGUCCCCUUCCCUCCUCCACACAGGGAGAAUGCAGAGGGCCCCUCCAGCUGCUGCCCAGCCCUGCUCUUGGACAGGACUGACCUCUCCAGCUAUGGAGCCAAGAUCUACAAGAUGAAGGAUGGGUUCAUCGGCUCCGCCCUGGACCUCAUCAAGAAGAGCUGCAGUGCAGAGAUUGCAGCGGCAGAGGCCCCCGUCAGGCUGUCAGGUGACCAGGACGACAGCGCUAACAUUGCUCCCCCACCAGAUUUUCAAUCCUCCACCGUCUCCAUGACAACCGCGACGGCCUGUGGAGAGGAGGCUUGCGACAAGCCUGCAGCAGGAGGAGGAGAAGAACUAACUGCAGAAUGCCAGCACUCUGGCCUGGGCUGCAGGCGCUCCAGCUCGGACGCAGCCUAUGAACCGGCCGAAUCGGUGAGGGCCCAGCGCGAGUGCCGCCUCCGGCCCCACUACAGCGACCCCAUGCCGGCCGACGCCGCCAAGCGCAAACAGCUGGAGAUGAAAAUCGCUGCCGCUGCACGCCUCCACAGCCAGCGACGGGACAGGGACAGCGCUCCUGCCUCGGUGCGGGUCCGUUCUGAACCCCGCGGUGAAGAACGUCUAGGGAGUCUGGGUGUGACGCGUGGUGGACAGCACCGCUGGAGCACCGUGAGCAGCCUAAGUGCCGACAGUGGUGUGGUGGGCCUGUGUGACGACCGCGAGGAUGACGAUGAACCCCGGAGAGUACACCAUAGUGGAGGGGCCGAGGUGGAAAGGGUGGACAGCGGGAUUGGACCCUGCCUGGCCCGCGUCUGGAAGAGACCCUCUGCCUCUCUCAGGGCCUGGGAGGCCCAGAGACCCUGCCCAGACUGUGGCCAGAGAGACGGGCACGGGGUGGCCCGGACAGAGGGUGAGGGGACCGGUAUGUGUGAGCGCUGCUCCAAGCUGAGGACGGAGAGGAAGGAAGCCAUCUUGGAGUUCCUGAACACGGAGUCAAGUUAUGGGGAGGACCUAAGGAUCAUCAAGGAGGAGUUCUACUGUCCCAUGCAGAGCGCCGGGCUGCUGACCUCAGAACAGCUGACCGUGGUGUUCAGCAACGUUCAGGAGCUCAUAGACGUCAAUGAACGCUUCACUGAACACCUGCAGGAAAGCAUCGACCAGGCCUUCGACCAGGGAGAUGAGGACCUGCUAACAGUGUGCAUUGGAGAGAUGUUCCUGGAGUUUGUCAACAUGCUGCCAGCCUUCCAGACUUACUGCCUGCAGCAGUCCACCUCUGUCAACAUGCUCAACACCCUGGAGAAGGAGAAAGAACUGCUGAGGAUCUUCCUUGACGUGUCCCAGAAUGACAACACAGCCCUGCGGCGUAUGAACCUGCGCUCUUUCCUCAUGGCUCCCCUUCAGAGGGUCACCAAGUACCCCCUCCUCCUGAGCCGCAUCAGCAAGGUCACCAUGGAGUGCCACCCCGACCAUGGCCGUCUCCGAGAGGCCAAGAGCCGCGUGGAGUCUCACCUGGAGCACAUCAACAUGAAGACCAAGCAGGAAGGAACCCUGACCUGGACUCUGCGUUCCUUUCGCCGCGACAGCCGCAAGAACCGCGAGGUCAUUAACAUCGAGAUGCGGGAGAUGUCCAUGAAGACUGUGGGCUGGGCCAGGGAGAACACACGCUUCAUCAUGGAGGGGCCCCUGCAGCUCUCCCAGCCUGCAGACGGACAGUGGGUGAAGAAAGGCAGUAAAGGCCUCAAGUUCCAGAAUAUCCAGAGUCUGUUGAUGGUGCGUACGCAACGGCCUGGAGAGGGUCUGUCUCAGACGGACGGCGAGGCCAAGGUGGAGCAGCAGGAGCACGGCGUGUGGGACGGUGUGCUGGUGCUCAUCAAAGACAAGAGCAGUGGCAAGUUCACCGUGCUCAGAGAACCCAUCCACCUAGCCAACUGUGUGGUGUCAGGCGACCCUGACUGCGAGGACACCUUUGAGGUGCUGGACAUACGUAAGGAGGCCUUUGUUUUUAGGGCCUCAGAUAAACCCCGGACGCAGCAGUGGUUCCGGCAAAUCAAGAGGUAUACCCGUGACCUGGGGCUGUGGAGGAAGAGGCGUAACGCACUCCCCAAUAUUAUGAUGAACACAAACCAGGGCAGGUCCUGAGACUGAGGGACACCGUUUCCCUGGCUGGAUACCAGUGUAAAUAGAUGUACUACUACUGCAAAAAGAAUUGACCAUGCUUCUGGAUGGUGGAGCGAUUUGUUUCUGAGGUUUUAUGGUGGGAUUUGUGAGGUUCCAUGUUAUGAUGAGGAUAGCACUUUUUUCUAAGAAAAACUGCAAGUGCACCAUACUGUAACGGAACGUAUGAAGGUAUAGUUUUUAGCUUCUGUCUAAACAUUAUCAGCCACUUGGAUGACCAAAAAAAGGAGACUUGGUUGGGAACACUGCUGGCCUUGGUUGUCAAAACUGUUUGCUCUUGAUGAAAGAGAUGUUUUCAGUAUACUGACUGACUGGUGUCUGUGUUGAAAAGCAUGGUUGAAGUUGAUGAUUGAAAAACAUGACUCUGUAAUGCUAAUGAAAAUGCACAAAUUAGUGAAAAACUACUGUUAAAUUAUACAAUGGGGACUUGGACUACUGCUUAGUAAAAAAAGACAGGAACUUUUAUUUUACCUGACUAAGGUAAGUCAAAAUCACUGGCCUCUUCCCCCUUUCUUUUGCCCUCUGUGUCAGAAGCAAUGUCCACUGCCAGCAGAGAUCCGAGAAAUGGCAUCCAUAGUAGGAAGUCCGUCAGUGACUUCCUACUGUGGAUGCUGUGCAGACAGUGUCUGUCAGACAGUUUGAACCCAGGGUUGUGGACAUACUUGUAUCAGAGGAGGCUGGUGGGAGGAGCUAUAGGAGAACGGGCUCAUUGUAAGCACUUAAAUGGAAUGAAUGGAACGGAGUCAAACGUGGUUUCCAUGUUUGAUGUGUUCGAUACCAUUCCAUGUAUUCUAGCCAUUACAAUGAGCCUGUCCUCCUAUAGUGCCCCCCACCAGCCUCCACUGAUUUGUAUCACUGUGCUGGGUGGGCUCAAGUCACAAAGAAGCAAUAAAUUGUGCAAUUUUAGCUAUUUAUUUUAGUUUCUCCACAUCUGGUCAGACUUCGUAAUUAUGGGAAAUCGAGAGCUUAUUAUCCCACCUAUGACUGGAAGUAAUGUUAUUGACACAGAUGAGCUACAGAGGUUCAGCCCUAGAAUAAUGUGCACUUGAACUUCAAGCCUAGGCCUGGUUUGGCCCCUACCAGUAUUGUCAACUGUUUAUUCAAACUCUCAAAGCCUUUACCUGUACCUGAAUGUGGUAGUACAGCAUGGCCAAAGUGGAGGUGGAAAGGCCUCAAACACGGAUCAUCCUGGACCAUGAGUUUAGUAGCUAAAGCUGACAUAGUAGCGCCAGUCAAAUGUCUUCACAGUAGCGCCAGACAAAUGUCUUCACAGUGUGCUGUUCCAUGACAAUCAGAUGUGGUAAUUGUGAGCUUUUGUUCCUUUGGUUUUUAUUUCACUCUAAAUGAAGCAUUUCUUCUGUUGCCAGUCACAGUAAUGUUGAUAAAACUAUGAGUAUCUGGAAAUGGUCAUCAAGUCAGACUGCCCUAUGCUCCGAGGUAGCAGCAGAAAGACACUUAAAAAGCCUGCUUACAUAGCCUGGUUAUACCAGUGUGAACACUACAUUCACCAAUCUGAAAUUUAGUGAAAUCUUUUUGGAUGCCAGAAUUUACAGGCAGUUCUAAUCCAUCCAUCAGCUGCUAGUGUUCCUACAUUAUGUCAUACAUUACCUGUGCCCUUAUCUCAAGUGUGACUUCCCUUCUCCUAAAAUCUGUUUUUGUGUCUGAUGUUUCUGAAUCUGAAGGCACUUUAUAAUUAAGACUACAAAGUAGAUCCAUAUUACGGUGUGACUGUCACUCUUCAACAACGCUAUCUGCCAAUCAUGAUUUCAAAAGCUUUAUUCUGUUGGUCGUGUUGUUUAUUCAGAGCUCUUUAUGUUAGGGAAACAUAUAGGACCACAGCUGACUACAUACAGCAGGUCAAGGCAAUACUUCUUAUCAAACAAAUCUAAACUCCAUAUACUGUUUAGUCCAGGAGUAGCAUAGGUUAAGGGAGGUAGUGAAUCACUGUUUUUGGACAGUGCCUGUCUUACUGUUCAUCACCUUCCAAUGGCGCUAGCACUGUUACAAUCAUAGAAUUAGAAUCUCAUUCUAUUUCAAGAAUCUCAUUCUAUUUGUAUUGUUUGAAUUCUUUCAGCUUCCAUCUUGUUCCACUAAAUGAUUACUACUGUAUAUGGGAAGACCGAUGCUGUGUAAACAUUUUGAAAAUAUCCGAGACCUGCUGGACUGUCAAAUGUUUUUCCUCUGCAUUUUAGACCUGUGAUAUUUCCUUUAUGUAAGAUUUUGUGAAUUAUAUUAAAAAAUGACAUGUUAAAUACA